AUGCAGACCUAUUUUCGCAGUCUUCUAAAGCAUUUCACCCGCACCUUAUGUGGACCUCUUGGUGGACUCUUUUUCAGCGCAUUCUCGCUGAUUGAUAGUGUCCCCGAUUCAGAGACAAAGCUGAGCAGUGAGAAUGUCGUCUUUUGCCUUUUAGAGCAUUCUACUUUGUUCAACUCCAACGACAAGCCACCUCAAAAUCACGAACUGACUUCGUUGGACACGACUCCUGGUGGUCAGCAUGACGACAUCGGCUGCUUUGAGAGAGGGCUCGAGACAGACAAUGGGACUAAAACAAAAGAUGUUCCGCCUGACUGUCACGUCUUCAGAGAGCCUGCAGAGAUUGACCAGUACUCAGUGCAACUAACCUUAGAUCCGCUAAGCAGGUGCGUGUAA